UUGCCAUGGAUGAUGUGAAUACACUCUGUGAUGCUGCAGCCCUCCCUAUCGGCUCUCUCGUCCUGACAGCCAGCAGCCACAACACGCACCGCUCCUCACGCACCGUGCGCCCCGCAGCCGCACAUCUCUGCCCCGCAGCCCGGAGCGGGAAUGCGUCCCGCUUUGCCAUGCCAGGUCGGCCGGUCCACACAUCAGCUUCUACCGGUGGAAGUGACAUAUUCAUCCUCCUGUGACAGCCUCGACGACUGACAAGCAUCCAGCGGCGCUGCUGUAACGGAUGCACCCUAAUGCGCUCUGGUGAUCCGCGGUGACCGGCUCGCCUCGGUGGGGUUGGUGGCCCAUCGUCUCGGAGGAAUAAGGAUCGUUUACACCCACCUCCUACCUAGUUGUGUGUGUGUGUGUGUGUGUUGGGGGGGGGUAAAGAUGGGGAGCACGACCUCUUGCUGCGUGUCCGCCAGCCCCAAGCUCCGCAGAAAUGCUCACUCCAGGCUGGAGUCGUACCACCAGGAGUCGGAUCUGAGCAGGGAGGAGACGGGAUGCAACCUGCAGCACAUCAGCGACCGGGAGAACGUCGACGAGCUCAAUAUGGCGUACAACCCCUCGGACCACCCGCGGGCCAGCACCAUAUUCCUCAGCAAAUCCCAGAACGAUGAGGCGCCCUACAGGAGCGUGAGAGAUAAACGGAAAAGCCUCUUCAUCAAUAAUCAUGGAUCGUCGAGGAGGAAAUACAGCUCCUGCUCCACAAUCUUCCUGGACGACAACACAGUGAGCCAGCCCAACCUCAAAUACACAAUCAAAUGUGUAGCACUGGCGAUUUACUACCAUAUAAAAAACAGGGACACAGAUGGAGGAAUGCUGCUCGAUAUAUUCGAUGAGAAGCUUCACCCUCUCUCAAAAUCAGAGGUGCCGCUGGACUACAACCACAGCGACCCAGAGCAGAAGCAGAUCUACCGCUUUGUCAGGACCUUGUUCAGCGCCGCUCAGCUCACCUCCGAGUGCGCCAUCGUCACACUGGUCUACCUGGAGAGGCUCCUGACCUACGCAGAGAUCGACAUCUGUCCGGGCAACUGGAAGAGGAUCGUUCUGGGUGCCAUCCUGCUGGCCUCCAAGGUCUGGGACGACCAGGCCGUCUGGAACGUCGACUACUGCCAGAUCCUGAAGGAUAUCACCGUGGAGGACAUGAACGAGUUGGAGCGGCAGUUUCUGGAGCUGCUGCAGUUCAACAUCAACGUGCCGUCCAGCGUCUACGCCAAGUAUUACUUCGACCUGCGAUCACUGUCAGAGUCCAACAACCUCAGCUUCCCCCUGGAGCCGCUCAGCAGAGACAAGGCCCAGAAACUAGAGGCUAUUUCCAGGCUAUGUGACGACAAGUACAAGGAGGCACGGAGAGCCGCGAGGAAGCGCUCGGCCAGCGUGGACCAUCUGUGCGGGAUCAGAUGGGUUCCUGCAAUCCUCUCCUAACCUCAACUAAUCUGCUGAGUACUGAACGCUGGCAUCAGACUGCAGACAGUGAAGCAGAACGACACGGUUCUGUUGAAAAAAAAAAAACAAAAACACUUCAGUUUGGAUACUGAGACGGGGGAACUUGGUGGAGCAGUGACUGAAACCCUUGGACUCACCUUCUGGACCUCAACACCCUCUAACUGGAGGCGACACAGUUCCUGUAUCUAACUGAACACGAUGCCUUCAGAGUGCCUCCACUCAGAAAUGAGUUUCUGGUUGUUAAAUCAUCUGUUCGGAUCGAUCUGGCUUUGGACGGGUAAAGAAAAAUCCUGGACGAGGCGGCCUUGAGAACUUCCAAGGACAUCGUGAGCCUGUCCUGAAGUGUCGGCGGCGCUCUGCUCAGUGUUCUGGUUUGGUCCAGAUGAAUCUGUUUGGCUUAAUUUGAUGAAAACCUGCCUUUGAGACGAACUCUGCAACCUCACAAGGAAGCAUGUUAUUUAUUUGAGUUGACUAUGCGCACUUACAUGAACAGUUGCAGCCGCCUCAACCCCGCGGUACGACGUGGAAUCAGUAACACAACCGUAGUGUAGCACUGGAGUUUCUACCCGUUAUUUAUUCACUUUGACAGGUCUUGGUUAAUAAACAAGUGUUAGUAAGUUUUUCCCCUUUGGAAAAUCUUCAUAUUUAAAGGUUUACAGUAUUCCUAGCGUACCUCUCAAUACUCAGGUAGUCCGGUUCAUCUUUGGAUCUAAUGCGAUGCUCCACGUUUGAAUUUACUGAGGGCUGAAAACUCAAAUUAUGAGCAGUGACACAAUUACAGAUGUAACCAGAAAGAAUAAAGAGAAUUGUCUCAGAGAUACGUCACUGAUACAUUCCUAUUUUGGGAGCUUAAUUACAAGCUUAAUCAAGUAAUUAGCACCAGAUUUCCUCAGACUGUCUGAGAUUAAAAACAGGCAAGAGGUUCUAGUUGAACACUCAUCAGAUUUUGGAAACAUCCUUUAAUGACUCUGACAAAAUAACUAAAGUGUUAAGUAAAGUAAGCGCCCCUCUCUGGUGACAUCUAGUGGUACAUGUCAGCGUUGCACAAAACUCAUCAUUUCAAGUUGUGGUGAUUUUUAAAAAGGGUCAGUUCACCCAAAUUCCAAAACAAAACACGUAGUUGUGGUAUUUAUGGGAAAUGACGUGAUGAUUUGACAUCACAGGAGGGUGUUUGAAGUUAUCCAGCAUCAAAAUAUACUUUUACUGUAAAACUCAAACCAACGGGAUAAUCACAGCAGACAGAUGGAUAUACUGGUCUAACAAGCACACGCAGCUCUGCUUUUUUUUUUUUUUUUCAAAGAAAGAAAUGUAUUUAUUCAGUAUUAUACAGCUAGAUAACAAAACAUUAUAUCUACAUUACAUUUGGAAACUCAGAAGUCUCGUCUCGUCACAGGGCUGUGAUCAGUUUGACUUGAGGUUGAGUGAUUUAACUUGGACUGAAGGAAAACACACAUCAGUGCAUGUAGUGAGAAUUGUUGGGUUCUUCAGCAGCUCUCCUGAAUGUUUAAAACACCAGGAGCUGAUAAAUUCAGGGGACACUCGCGCCUUCAGAAAGCUGGUGUGAGUGUAAUAAAUGACCGCAUGAGAUCAACAGUCCUACAAGAGUCGUGUGUGUUGUUUUCAGCAGGUGGUUUAUUGUUGGAAAGUGUGAUCCUCCAGUGAUCUGCGACCUCGGCAGCCUGCGUGUUCUGCUGAUCUGUCCGAGGAGAACAGCUGUAGCGUAACUCCUUCAAAAUUCAGAUCGGUCCGGAUGACUGAAAGAAUAAAAAGUACGACACUAGACGGCGUGUUCAUGCGGCACAAAUGUAAACUUUCAUUGCCUUUGAAAGUCAAAUUGUGAUAAUUUCAGCACACUUUAUUUAUAUGAUGUUCAUUUUACACAGACGACCCCUGACUGCUGAGCCAAGUGCUGAAAACUGCUGACGGACGGAUUAUUUUGUAUUUCGAUUGUACAUUUAAUUUAAAUCUAAUUUGCUUCUGACAGCUGAUCAGGUUUUCAUGGUUUUUUUCUCUUCUUCCUCAUUUGUCUGAAAAACUAAAAGCACUAGAAUAUAAUUAUUUUGCAGAUUAACUUUGUAUAAAGACUUCAUUGUGAAUUAUUUAUGGAUGUGUUGAUUUGUGUUUUUAAUGAAAUAAAACACUCUUGUCUAA